GCCAUGUGAAUAUGAAGACAGCAAUCUCAUGCAGGUUGGAUUGCAUGGUUGCAUUUGCAGAUGUGCCUCACGGAUCAAGUAGCAUGUUCCCCUUUUCCAGAAUCGGAAAACUACCAUUAACAAGUAGGUCUGCACACGCUUAGUGUAACGUUACACACCCUGCCUUGUAAUGGAUUGACCUAUAUGGUGCUCAGUUUUGCUCCUUAAUGAGCCGAUGGAAACAGUCAGCUAGUUGGAUUAGCCGGAUCUGUGCCCUCUCCCCUGCGAUGGCUCGGAUAUACACACAGGCAGAUAUGACCAUUGACUCGGGAUUUACGUUACAUAAUGAGCUCGGAGGGUUCAGCAGUGGGGAGAGAUGCUGUGCGCGUGUCUGACUGUGGUUUGCCGGUAGAAAAACAGCAGUUACAUGCUGCAGGCGUUGGGGACCCUCCCAGCAUGCACUGGGGCAAUAGAUUCAUUGACAUAAGUCUAAUGUCAUGUUUGUUCCUGCAUUGUUACUGAUGUUAUUUUGUUCUACAGUGUGCUCCACAAAGUUUCCACAAAUCAUAACAACACUGAAAAAGCAGGGGCCUCUUCUUCAUAUAUGCAUUACUGAGUUAUCCAGAUUACAAUGUUGACUAUUUGACAUUCAUUUAUAUGUUUUGGUUCUUCAAAGCUGCUUAAAAUCCAUCUGGUACUAUUGUCAGAGCAACAAGUGCUUAAACCCAAACCUGCAGAAGUGCAGGCUUUCUUAGAUUUAUAAUGAAAGGAGUUUAGAUGAGAACAUGCAUGUUACUGUAAAAUCACUAUAUACGAUCUGUUGGUGUAAUUAUCACAUUCAAAGUCACUUAUACAUGGUAAAAUAUACCAAAAUAUUUAGUUUGAGAUACUGGGAGUAAAUACACAUAAAUUCAACUAAAAGAUUCUCACUGUUUAAAGAUAAUGGUGCCAGAAUAUGUGGCAUUUAAUUUGACAUUAGCAUGGGAAUUUGUCCAUUUGAACACUAUGAGUAUCUGCAGAGCUCACGUUGCUCUAAAUUGUUAAUGCAAUUAAAGCUACUUUUAAAAAGAGAUUUAAUAAGAUUUCACUUUCACAGCAGGCUUAUAAUUAUCACUGGCUUUUGUUAAACUCUUGCACACCAGAAUGCACCCAACAUCACUCCUAGUCUGACCACAUUCACUGGUAAUAUCUAUCAUAUAUUAAUCCUAACAAAGAUGAAAGAAGUCUAAAGAUAAGUUUUUAUAAUGCAUGCAAUCGCUGUGACUGGAACAUACACGAGUCCCUCAGUCAUAAUGACGAAGCUCCCAAAGCUAAACUUACUUUUUGCACGUUGUAUCUGCGUGUGGGCGCUAAUCACCAGCUCAUAGCAUACGCAGAUAUUUAGUCUUGGGGGCUUUCCAUUCAAAACACUAUAUUAUCUAAUGCCACUUUCUGCUCUGAUACAGUGAUGUGUAUCUUGUGACAAAUUGUGGGUUAGCACGUCGGGCUAAAGCUGAGUUUAACAGCCUAAUGUCCUUGCUAGGAGCACAUUAGGGAACACGGUGAAGUCCAGCGGGUGUUGUUUUGUGUCGAGGUGGGAGGAGUGGUGUAGUCACAACAGCAGAUCUACAAACGCUGUGCACAGACGCUGCUCACCUACACAGCGAAGUUGGGCUGCUUUAAGAUCAGUGGAGCGCUUGUUUUAGCUCUCCUAGACGUCCUCCUAAAAUGUUUUCACCUCCCUCGACCUCCUAGCUCGCGUGCCCUCUACAUGGACUGCGUGUUUCAAGCUUCUCCACCCGCCGUUGCGUCGACAUGGGCAGGGUCGUAUUAUAGCCGUAGGGUCGGUCGCACUAUCAGGUUGUUCGUAUGGCCGGAGCUUGCUGCAAGUGUCCAGUCUCCCUGUCCGUGUUCAAGCGCUCUCUCUCGGUGGCGCAGCGGGGCUGCGGGUCCGCUCCUCGGUCCCUCCUUCUGGGCUGGAGGCUGGGGGAGCGGGGCCUGCAGGAGGCCGCCCGACCCUCCAGCGCCCUCAGACCCGCAUGCUCUUACCGACACACUGCCUUCGUCUGUCUCUCCUGCCAGGAGUCCAUGAGUGAGAGUCGUCGGACCUGCUACCUGUACCUGAACCAAACCAGCCGGAGUUUUGCAGCUGUGAUUCAGGCGCUGGACGGGGAGUUAAGACACGCAGUUUGUAUUUUCUACCUGGUGCUGCGAGCGCUGGACACAGUGGAGGACGACAUGAGCAUCCCUCUGGACAAGAAGGUUCCCAUGCUGAUCGAUUUCCACACCUACCUGUACCAGGAUGAGUGGCGCUUCACUCAGAGCCAGCAGAAAGACCGACAGGUUCUGGAGGAUUUCCCCACGAUAUCGCUGGAAUUCAGAAACCUCGCUCAGGAAUACAGAGACAUUAUCUCGGAUAUCUGCCACCGUAUCGGAGUCGGGAUGGCUGAAUUCCUGGAAAAGAAAGUGGGAUCCAUGAAGGAGUGGGACCUGUAUUGCCACAUUGUGGCAGGGCUGGUCGGUAUCGGUCUGUCUCAGCUGUUCUCUGUGUCCAAGCUGGAGGAUCCCGAGGUGGGGCGGGACACCGAGCUGGCCAACUCCAUGGGCCUGUUCCUCCAGAAGACUAACAUCAUCCGAGACUAUCUCGAGGACAUACAAGAGGGACGUGCCUUCUGGCCACAAGAGGCUUGGAGUCAGUUUGCAGGUCGUCUGGAGGACUUUGCCCAGCCUCAGAACCUGGACUCGGCUCUGUCCUGUCUCAACAUGCUGGUCACUGAUGCUCUGCGUCACAUCCCGGAUGUUAUCACCUACCUGUCCCGCCUGCGCAACCAGAGCAUCUUCAAUUUCUGUGCCAUUCCACAGGUGAUGGCAAUAGCUACACUAUCUACAUUCUACAACAAUCCCAUGGUGUUCCAGGGAGUGGUGAAGAUCAGAAAGGGACAGACUGUCACACUCAUGAUGGAAGCCACCAACAUGAGAGCUGUGCAGACCAUCAUUGCCCAGUACAGCCAGGAGAUUUUACAGAAGGUCUCCCUCACUGACCCGUCACGGGACAAGACCCUGCACAUCCUGGCUCUAAUCCGAGAGAAGUCCGCCCUGUCAGAGUCCAGCCUCACCUCCAGGACCCACCACCUGUCGCCCAUGUACCUGUCCGCUGCCAUGCUGCUCGCCGCCCUCAGCUGGCAGUACCUCAGCACCACUGCAGCACAGUCACAGGGCACCAGCGACAUGCAGGGACAAUGAACCCAUUUAUCCUCACAUUUCCUGGUGCCCACAGACUCAGAAAGCCCCUUUGCUCACUCUGGAGGUCUGGUUCUCCUCUGACUGGAAGAAUCUGAAGCAUUUUAGGGCUGCACAAUUAAUCGAAAUAUCAUCGAAAUCACAAUAUGGCUACGUGCAAUAUCCAAAUUGCAGAAGCUGCAAUUUAAAAUGAUAAAAUAUGUGACAAAACAGUUUUAUGAUGAAGUACUGUUCUUCUUGUUCUCCAGAUGUAAGAAAACAUGUUUGUUUGAUACAGACCCCAACAAAUGUCACAUCAUGAUUUUAAUAGUGUUUUUGGAGAAAAUUUAAAUUGUGAUGCAAAAAUUAUGAUUCCCACUAAUCAUGAAUCAUAUCGCAAUCAUAAUAGCUGUAAAAAUAAUCGUAAUAUGAUUUUCUUUACCAUAUUAUGCAGCCCUAAUUUCUUCUCACUUUGCCCUCUUUGUUAUGGUUAUAGGACGUUACAGAACCAUGGACAUAUUUAGACUAUGGAGGGUUUCUGGUAGCAGGUUGGUCUCAUUAGGUUGUUUGAUAGUAAUAGUAGUCCAUCCUGCAUCUGGAAACAUUAUUUACACACAGUUGUGUGUGGUUUAUAUUCACCAGCAUAAAUGGCACAUUGAAACAAUUCAGGGCGUUUUGUUGUUUGAUGUUUGUGUUGAUAGUGUUCCUUUCUUUUUUUUAGUUUGAUUUGUUUUAAACAUUUUGACCCUUUGAAUUGAGUGAAAUUAUUUAGCAUAUUUGGAUAUUUCAAGAAGUAAAUUAAUAUUUUAAAGGUGGGGGAUGCGAUUCUGGAGAAAUCCAAUAUCAUGACAAAUACCAUGAUAUAGAGCGAACAACGACACAGCAAGUAAUGUAACUAACGUUAGCUAGGUUGUGGGUUUGCAAACUGUUGCUACAGUUGCUGCUGCGAAGCUAACACCAAGAGAGGAUGAGACGGUUUCCCAGAGCAGCAAACCAGCUCUAGACAGCGAUACUCACAACUCUCCUGCUGCUAUAGCUAACAUCACAACAACAGCAUAUCUUGGCAAACUAGAAAGUAAACUGAGUGUCUGUGGGCAAGUCAUUUAACGUUACCUGGCACAUAAAUCAUGGAUUUAUAUAUUUUGUGCAAGAAUAGAAAUUGAAGUUCUUUUGAUAUUUUUUUGUACUUAAGGUAACAUCACUGUAACACAGUCAAGCCUCUCUCUCCUUUUAAUUGUCUGUGAGCUUCUGUAAAGCCUGCUAGUUCUCAUUAUAGAAAUUCUCAGUGUUGUAACAGUGAUUAACCUUGAUCCGUGUCUCAAACUGUGCCCUGCUGGGUCCUUGAAUUUGAGGGAAUUUGGCUUGGAAAGUCCUUGAAAAGUCCUUGAAUUUGAUGUUUAAGAAAGUGUGGGAACCAUGACUUUGUUAAUUUCCCAUUAACAAAGCCAGGGCUGUGUACAAACACCAGUUUUUUUUUCAGUGCACACACUGAACGGACAGCUAGCGGACCGUGAGGAGAUAUUCGUGGAAUUUGACAAAAAGAUGUGUAUUGGAUUAGAAUCACAUACCCCACCUUUAAUCUUCUCCAUUAAGUGAGCUGAAAUGGGGAAAUCCACAGUACAUGACACAGCCCGUUUUAGGAUUGUGGGGAACACAGUCACCAAACUUCCUUACGUUUUUGUUAAUUUUGUGUCAAAUCUUAGUCUUCAUAUUUUUCCUGUCAUAUCAAAGCUAGCUGAAUAUUCCACUUGUUAUGUUUCUAGAGGAGAAACACUCAAAUGAAAGAACUGUUACAGCAGUGCACUUUACAGUAUAUGCACUAUAUGUUAGCAUAGAUGACAGCAUCCACCCACAGUAGAGCUUUGUUUCAACACUUUUGUGUCUGUUCUUUCUGUUUCAACUCUAUGUCCUUUGAAAUAGGAGAAAAAGAAAAAAAAAACUGCAAUUCCAAUAUAGUUUGGGCAUGGACUGUUUAAAUGAAUAGGGGAGAACAAAUGUAAUUUCAUACAUGAUACAUAAUAAGAAAUGCAUAUUGAGACUGCUAGCUAAAGUGUCCUUAACACAGCUCUGGUGAGUAGAAAGGCUAGCACAGAGUAAGCUUGUACAGAACCAAAGGAGAGCUAUAAACAUUGCUAUAUAAUGUGAAAUUGUGAUUUGUACAUAUUUGAACAAAUAAAGUGGGGAAAGAAUCUAAA